AUUUAAAAAAACGUCCGUCAUCGGGAAAAAAAUAGAAAAAUCCAAAACAAUGUCUUCAUCGUCUGUAUCAAAACGCCUUGGUUCGGUCCUUGUCUUUGCUAUGAUUUCCAUUGAACUCGUCUUUAUACGCAGUGUUAUGUCCCUGAAUCAAACCAAUUCGCUGAACCAAACCAAUGCUUAUCUACACCACACAUGCAUCAAUAGUCAAGGGACAUACAAAGCAGGGAGUCCAUACGAGGAAAACCUCAACCGUGUCAUCCGUGCAAUAUCUAUCACAAUUUCUAACUAUGGUUUCGUCCAUGGCUCCAAUGGUGAUGCCCCCAAUACCGUUUUCGGAAAGCUCCAGUGUCGAGGCGACUCCUACUUAUCCAAGUGCCGCUCUUGCCUCACCACCGCCUUCUCUGAGCUUCGUAGAAGAUGUCCGAAAAACAAGGGGAGAAUAAUAUGGUACGACAACUGUCUUCUAGAGAUAUCUCCAAUUAAUUCCCUCGGCAAGAUUGAUUACGAGAAUAAUUUCUAUAUGUACAACGAGAAGGAUGUGACCGGCGAUAAAAAUUUGUUCAACAAGAAUACGAGGACUCUCCUCUAUAGGCUGAAAGAGAAAGCCACGAGUAAAGAAAACAACAACGGCAAGCAGGACUUACCCGAGAUUGGGGAGAAAAGGCUUGGAAUGAAGAAGUUGUAUGCGACAGGGGAGGAAAGUUUCAUGGAUUAUGGCGAAACUUCCGACAUGCUGUAGUAAUAAACAGGGGGGAAGAUUUUUGAGUACGAGCUGUAAUUUUAGGUAUGAGCUUUACCCUUUUGUAAAGACUUGAGACUGUUUGAUGAAAACUCUAUAUGUAUUUGUUUUGUCUAAUUACGUGUUUUGAGCGAAUAUAAAGUAUUAUACUCUUU